UUGUUCCAGCCUGAGAUCGUCGGCAGCCGCUGCAUGAAGAAGCCUCUUGUUGCGGUACUAUUGAAAAAAGUUUGCGGGAUAGAUAAGUCGACGAUAGGCUGGCGGCAACUAAUACAAUGCCAUUACUGUGUGCUAAUGAGUUAUUCAACUAGUCGAGCUUUGCGGGAUAUUUGCGAGCUCUUCUGUAUCGAUCGUUAGAUGUGAGAUCCCGUGGUAAGUGAGGUGUUCGUGAUAUCAAUUGAUAGUGAUGAGCAGCCCUUCAUCCAGGCCACUACUUCUGAUUUGGUUCAUAUCUCUUCUGAGGUCGUCAAGAGUAACACAAUUGACUGGCAAGUUUUAUUCCACUUGCUAGACGGGCGUUGCCAUCUACCUCGGCCAAUCUGCAUCUACUUGAGAUCAAUUGAUAGUAUGAGACCCAGCACCAGCGUUCGAGUCGUACAAGUAGCCUUGGCGCGUAACCGGGCUGAAUACGUUCAUAUAUAAAAGUCUCUUGAACAGCUGCCUCUCGUCUCGUAUUCAUACUCCCGUAGCCUACAGUGCCAGGUGGAUUGCCGUCUACGCGUCCUGAACAGGUCAGUACUCGGAGCAUCUCGGAGGUUAUACGUCACGCUGAUUGGUGCCACACCGUCUCCACACCAUCCCACCAUCCCCCACUCACCUCGACGACAAUAAUUUUUUUGCACCCCGCGCGCAUCUGGGCACUCGACUUGUGGAGCCACCGACCGCAUACACAAAUCGCUGUCACUACCCAGGUCAUAACUCCACACCACGUCAUUCAAAAAAAAGCUCAAUUGCGUCUGCCCCUCUACAAAACUAUCUGCUGUAGCAUUCUCACCACUUCAUUACACCCCACCACACUCCACGUUGGUUUGAGCAACAACCAAUCCAUCACCAUGUCUGCCAACGACACAUACCAAGAUCCGCUGAACUCGCGAUACUCUUCGCAGGAGAUGAAGUAUCUCUUCAGUCCGCGCAAUCGAUUCAGUACCUGGAGGAACCUCUGGAUAUGGCUGGCAGAGAGCGAAAAGGAGCUGGGGCUGAAUAUCUCCGAUGAAGCAAUCGCGCAGAUGAAGCAGCACAGCGUCAUACAAGACGAUGAGUUCGCGAUUGCGGCCGAAGAAGAGAAGAAGAGGCGGCACGACGUCAUGGCCCACGUCCACGCCUAUGGCCUCAAGGCACCUGAAGCUGCGGGUAUCAUCCACUGGGGAGCCACCAGCUGUUACUGUACCGACAAUGCAGACCUGAUCUUCUUGAGGGAUGGCUUGGAUAUCUUGAUUCCCAAGCUCGCCACGGUUAUUGAGAAGCUCUCUACAUUUGCGCGCGAGAACAAGAACCUGCCCUGCUUGGGUUAUACCCAUCUCCAGCCCGCCCAAUUGACCACUGUAGGCAAGCGUGCCUGCUUGUGGAUUCAAGAUUUGUUGAAGGAUCUGAAGAACCUGGAGCGUGCUAGGGAUGACUUGAGGUUUAGAGGCGUCAAAGGCACAACAGGUACACAGGCUUCUUUCCUACAGAUCUUCGACGGAGACCACGCCAAGGUGGAGCAAUUGGACGAACUCGUUACCGAAAAAGCUGGUUUCUCCUCUGCUUUCAUCAUCUCCUCCCAGACAUACACCCGCAAGAUCGAUGUCGAUGUUCUCAACGCCCUAUCCUCCUUCGGCGCAACCUGCGAGCACAUCGGGCAGUCCAUCCGCAUCCUCGCCUCCAACAAGGAGCUUGAAGAACCCUUCGAGAGCACUCAAAUUGGCUCGUCUGCCAUGGCCUACAAGCGCAACCCCAUGCGCAGCGAACGUCUCUGUUCGCUUGGCCGCAAACUGCGUAAUCUGAAUGCCGACGCCGCCGCUACAUACGCAGCGCAAUGGAUGGAGCGCACGCUGGACGAUAGCGCGAUCCGCCGCAUGUGUCUGCCUCAGUCCUUCCUCGCCGCAGACGCCUCCCUCAUCCUCCUCAACAACAUUUCUUCAGGCAUGGUCGUAUAUCCUGCCGUUAUCGAAAAGCGCGUCCGAGCCGAGCUACCCUUCAUGGCCACCGAGAACGUCAUCAUGGCGCUUGUCAAGAAGGGCGUUUCACGUCAGGAUGCACACGAGGAGAUCCGCAUCCUCUCACAUGAAGCAGCCGCUCAAGUCAAACAAUUCGGUAGAGACAAUGAUUUGAUUGAGCGGAUACGGAAGACUCAGUUCUUCCGCCCUAUCUGGGAGGAAUUGGAUCAGCUGGUCAAACCCGAUACUUUUAUUGGUCGGGCUCCUCAGCAGGUCGAUGCCUUCUACGAGAGGGAGGUCAAGGCUGCGUUGAAGAAAUAUGUUGACGCCGGUCAGCUGAAGCUCAACGAGGCCGCUGAACUGCAUGUGUAG